UCACAAAAGCCUGCACCAGCUGAGAAGGCUUCUUCAUUGAUUGACAGCCUUCCAGGUAACUCCGUCGUCUCAAAAACUGGUUCUGUCGUUCUCGGUACCGGUUUGACUGCAGCAGCAAUCUCACAAGAGUUAUACGUUGUCAACGAGGAGUCUAUUUUGGCCAUUGGUUCCCUCAUCUUGUUCGCUUACAUCGCUAAGAUCGCCCGCGAACCAUACAACAGCUGGGCAUCUUCACAAAUUGAGAAAAUGAAGAACGUUCUCAAUGCUUCACGCACCCAACACACUGAAGCUGUUCAAUCACGUAUUAACAACGUCGGUGAAUUGAAGGACGUCGUUAACCUCACAAAAUCACUCUUCGCUUUAUCAAAGGAAACCGCCCAAACUGAAUCAAAGGUUUACGAGCUCACCCAACAAAACGCCGUCAACGCUGAGGUCAAGUCUGUCCUCGACUCAUGGGUUCGUUUUGAAGCUCAAGAGAGAGAAUCCGAACAAGCUCAACUCACUCAAACCGUUAUUAACAACAUUAACAAGCAAAUCUCUGAUGAGAAGUUCCAAAAGGAUACUCUCACCCAAGCCGUAGCUGAAAUUGAGCAACUCGUCAAAGAUAAGAAAAUCUAG